AUGAGCCCUCAAAGUGCAUCGGCCAACACCCACCUGGGCACUUGUCUUGUGGUGGGAGGAUGCGGAUUCCUGGGAUUCCAUCUUGUGGAGAAAUUGCUUCGAUGUGGAGACUACGAUGGCGUCUUUGUUUAUGAUCGCAAUGUAUGCGUCAAUCUUCACGACGGCGCGACAUAUGUUCGUGGCGAUAUCACUGAUACAGACGCCUUAAGAUCAUUGCUAGAUCGGAUUCAACCCUCGGUUAUCUUUCAUGCAGCUUCACCCGUCGCUUCCCUCCCUGGUAGCCGACUUGGCGAGUUCAUGAGGACCAAUGUCCAAGGAACCAACAUCAUCAUUGACCUGGCGACGAAGAGCCCUUCAGUGAAAGCUCUCGUGUACACUUCUACAAUAGACGCUUAUGCCAAUCCGCCGCAUGAAAACGUGUCUGAGGACCAUCCAUUAUGGCCCCCCUCCGAUAAGUCAAAUGAGUAUAAUCGGACCAAAGCCAUUGGCGAUCACCUUGUCCGCGCCGCCAAUUGUGCCCAGCUUCGCACGGCUACGUUACGUCUAGGCCAUGCCUACGGGGAGAGACAAUCGCAAGGGCUGGUAGAGAUUCUUGAUGCAUGCGAGGGGACCAAGCCGCUCAUACAGGUUGGUAGCGGGAAGAAUGUGAUGGAAGUCAUGUCGGCUGAAAACUCUGCAUUGGGACAUGUCCUGGUUGCAAAGGCACUCUUGAAUGAUCCUCAACCUACGAAUGAAGACAUGAGAGUGGCUGGCGAGGCAUUCAACAUUUCUGACGGCGCGCCUGUUCCGUUUUGGCAUCAUGUACGAGUGAUCUGGGGAGUGUCGAGGGGAAGUGACGCUUUGAAGAAUGUGACUAUUCUUCCUGCUUGGGUUAUGAGUGCGGUUGUUUUCAUUAUGGAGUGGGUACUUUGGCUGUUCACUCUUGAUACUGUGAAGCCGCCCAUGGCGUUGCGAAGAACGUCACUGGAAUACUGUAUAUACUCACAUACAUACAGCAUCGAGAAGGCUAGGAAGCGAUUGGGGUUUCGUCCCGUGGUGAACCACGAUGCGGUGCUAGCCCGAGCUGCACAGCAUAUGCUCGAGCAGCGAAGACUGACAAAGAAAGCCGAGUAG